CCUGGUCCAAACGAAAGAGCCGGAGGAGCUGUUAACUCGCUUCGUUGUUAACCGUUGGUCUCCACAAAUAUUAAUAAAUCCCGGGGAAAAUAGCAGAAUGUCUGAAGAAAAGCCAAAGGAGGGAGUGAAGACGGAGAACGACCACAUUAACCUCAAGGUAGCUGGUCAGGACGGGUCAGUCGUACAGUUCAAAAUCAAGAGGCACACUCCGCUCAGCAAACUAAUGAAGGCAUACUGCGAAAGACAGGGAUUGUCAAUUCGUCAGAUAAGGUUUAGGUUUGAUGGACAGCCAAUUAAUGAAACAGACACACCUGCACAGCUGGAGAUGGAGGAUGAAGACACUAUUGAUGUAUUUCAACAACAGACAGGAGGAGUCUGUUCUUAAGUGUGAUGUGAACUCUACUCUUUGAAGAACAUCCACACCAUUUGUUCAUGUUGUAUUUGUUCAUUUCUGUUUUUACUUAUUUCCUUUUUUUUCCACUGUGCUUUGCUAAAUAUCAGACUAUUCACAACAUAAAGAAGGGUUUUGUAAUCAUCCAAAGUCAAAUCAUGACUUUGAGAUGCAGGGAUUUUUUUCAUGUUUCAUUCACAUAAGCAGAUGAUUAGAAUUUUUUUCUUCUUUUGAUGUUGGGAUGACAUCCUACAUGUCUCAUAAAUCAUAAGCUAAAGUACAUGCCAAAAUCUUUUUUUUCCUUUUAAGUUAUCCAGAUUGUUGUAAGCAUUUAAAAUCAGGAUGGGCUUGUUUUAAUUCAUGUAAUUGAUGAAAACUGCUGCAUGGGAGUCAUUGGUUAAUCUCUCCACAGAUGGGAAAGGUUACAUAUUUCUCAUGUAGCAAACUUUUAGUAGUGUUUUUUUUUUUAAAGAAACAUUUAAAAUAAUUUCAUGUAUCUAGACCCAUUUACCUGAUACAGUUGCUAAGAAAAUAUGAUCCAUAUGGAUGUUUUACCUCAAUACUGUCACUCAACACAGACUUAACUGAAUGGUAAAUAAAGUACAGUAAUGUUUCUGGACCAAAAAUGCUAAAUGAAUAGUGUUCUUUUAUAAAAGGGUUUUUUUUAACAUAUAAGACGCAGAUGUCUUAUAUGUUUCUUAUGUCUUUUCCCUCCUUUUCAAGACCUUAAAAUAUACACUAAACAUGUCACCUUUGGCAGUCCAGAAAGUAAUACAUGUCUCAUAUAAGGUUAUAUAUUUCAGUGUAUAAAUAGUCAACAAGUCAAUGCUGUGUUGCCAAUUUGAAUACAGUUGUCUAAAAUCUAUCCACAUCUACAGAUUAGUUGGACUUGUGUGUUGCUAGAAAGCUUGUUUUGUGAGAAUGUCCACCAUCAUUUUAAAAGUUAACAUUUGUUAGAUUUGCAGGGCGACAUUGACAGUAUAUUUCUUUUUUUUUUCUUUUUUUAAUUUGUACAUUAUUUGUUGUCCCUAUACUGUAUACAAUAAAUAUAGUUUGAUACUCGG